AGCAGGCGCCCUGCCAGUUCGCCCUGACAUCACCGGAGAGGCACCACAGCACCAGCUUUACCACUCAAAAAGCUAUCCCGCUUUCUUUUUUUUUUCUUCUUUUUUUUAUAGCUGCUCGUUAUAUCUCCAGUGGAAGAUUAUCUGAAACUGAGAACAACUACUGGUAUCUCUAUUCAGGAACACGAAAUCAACUUCCUGAGCCAUCGGCAGCUCAGCUGCCACACAGAGCACAGGAAUCUACAAUAGUCUCUGUGAUGGUUUCCACCAUGAUGUGCAGCAGGGUGACAUUACACGAGCCCCAUAACGGAGACUACAGGAGUCCUAUGAGAAUUGACCCUCGCAGGAACUCGAUUCCCCCAGCAAAGACUCUCACAGCCAAACAUCUCCUGGCAUACCUCCCUAGACCACCCCCAGAGUCAACGCGCUUCACCCCAUAUCCAAAGAAGGUUGCAGCAAAAACCAACAUGGCCGUGAUGAUGCUCCAGUCCAGAAGAGUCUCUCUCUUCCCCAGCUCAGAUAACAACUAUGACAACUUCCCAGCUCUCCCACCCCAGCCAGCCCGCUCUGCAUCCCCCCAGUCACAUCCCAAGAGCCCAGCCCCCCAAAGGGUUGUUGCAGGAUUGAUCAGCCAGGAGGUAGACACCUGCCAGUACAUCAUUCCCACUGAGGAGCCAGAGGAGCCUCCCACUCCUCACCACGCUCACCGCAGACGCCACCUCAAGCGCUUCAGCUCCAGGUGGUACUCAGGCGCUCCUUUUGGAGGCCCCUUUGGUAGCACCCGUAGCCGCAACCACGGCACAAGUGGUGAGAACAAGCCGCGCUGCAAACUUCUAGGUGAAGAGAGGCCAAAUUACGGUACCGCCAACAAGCAGCGUCAACGCUACGUCACCAAAGACGGGAAGUGCCAGGUGAACCUGGGCCCCAUCGAGGACAAGAGCCGUUUCCUCUCUGACAUCUUCACCACUCUGGUGGACCUGAAGUACCGCUGGUUCCUCUUUGUCUUUACCAUGUGCUACAUUGUUACGUGGGUGGCCUUCGCAGAGAUCUACUUCCUAGACGCCUGGCUGCGGGAUGACGUGGCCCACGUCCACGACCCGCAAUGGCAGCCUUGCUUCGAGAACGUGGACAGUUUCAUCUCCGCCCUGCUUCUGUCGGUGGAGAGCCAGAGGACCAUUGGCUACGGCUCCAGAUUGGUGACGGCCAACUGCAUGGAAGGUGUGGUUCUCCUUAUGGCCCAGUCUAUCAUUGGCUCCAUCAUUGACGCCCUCAUGGUCGGCUGCAUGUUCGUCAAAAUGUCCAGGCCUCAGAAAAGGGCCCAGACUCUGAUCUUCAGCAAGCACUGUGUCAUAUCGGAGCGUGACGAGAAACUCUGCCUUCUCUUCCGCAUUGGAGACCUGAGGGCGAGUCACAUGGUGGACGCCAAGAUUCGAGCCAAGCUGAUCAAGUCCAGACAGACCAAGGAAGGGGAGUUCAUACCGCUGGAGCAGUCAGAGAUCAACCUGGGCUACGAUACUGGAGGAGACAGGCUUCUGUUAGUCGAGCCUCAGACCAUCACCCAUGUCAUCAAUGAGAGCAGUCCCUUCUGGGAAAUAGGGGCUGAGCGUCUGACAAGAGAGAGAUUUGAGAUCAUCAUAAUUCUGGAGGGAAUAGUGGAGGCAUCAGGUAUGACAUGCCAAGCCAGAACCUCCUAUACUGAGGACGAGAUUCUGUGGGGUCACCGAUUUGAAUCCUGCAUGUCUCUGGAAAAGGGGUCUUACCGGGUGGACCAUGGUGCAUUUGACAAAACCUUCCCAGUACAUACCCUCACCCUUAGUGCUAAAGAGAAGAGUGAUGAAAAAGAAGAAGAGGUCCUCUUUUAGAUCAGAGGAUUGUACUAUUCACACUCCGCAAACAGCCCUUCUAUUAAUGGAAUUUCAAGGCCAAUACAUCUUGUGAAUGCCUAUGUUUUCCUCCCUAAAAUGAACUUUCCUGUUGUCUCUAAUAUUGUGGACAAACAUUCUUCAAGAGUUAGAGUUAGCAUGCUAAUCUACAGUGCAUUCGGAAAGUAUUCAGACCCCUUGACUUUUUCCACAUUUUGUUACAUUACAGCCUUAUU